AUGAAUAUUGUCGAGUGGGCUUUCGGAAAGCGCAUGACCCCCGCAGAACGUCUGCGUAAACACCAGCGUGCCUUGGACCGAACACAGCGGGAGCUUGACCGAGAGCGAGUGAAACUAGAGAACCAAGAGAAGAAGCUGGUACAAGACAUCAAGAAGAGUGCCAAAAAUGGUCAAGUUGGUGCCUGCAAGAUCCAGGCCAAGGAUCUGGUUCGGACACGGAGAUAUAUUCAGAAGUUCUAUCAAAUGCGCACGCAAUUACAGGCUAUUUCUCUACGCAUCCAGACUGUCCGAAGCAACGAACAGAUGAUGCAGUCGAUGAAAGGAGCCACAAUGCUUCUGGGUAGUAUGAACAGACAGAUGAAUCUCCCCGCACUGCAACGGAUCGCGAUGGAAUUUGAACGAGAAAACGAUGUUAUGGACCAACGGCAAGAGAUGAUGGAUGAUGCGAUCGACGAGGCCACAGGAAUGGAAGGCGAAGAAGAGGAAGGAGAAGAUAUCUUGAAGGAGGUUUUGGACGAGAUUGGUGUCGAUCUGAACCAGGCGCUUGGCGAAACACCCCAACACAUACAGAAAGCACCAGUGAAUGAAACUCGAGUUGCGCAGGCUAUUGGAGGGGGAGGCAAUACUAGUGAUGAUGACCUCCAAGCAAGACUGGACAGCCUUCGGCGAUGA